CUCAUUCAUGUUUGUAAAAUUAUUAUUUCAUCCACUAAUCGAUUUAGGAUAAUAAUGAUAAUGGACAAGUUUUCUGUACUUAUUAUUAACCAGAUGUCUAUAUAAGAGAUAACAGUAUUUACAAAUAAUCGUAUUACUGUGUAAUUACAGUCAAAAUUGCGUACGUUUCUAAGUUCAAUGUCAUGGCUGUUUUGCACACAUCUCGACAAUCCUGCUUGACCUAAAGAAUUAGUGCCGAGUGGUUUCAUCACAACUUGUCUACGUGAACCAUAUGAUCACAUUUUUUCUAAAAAGACAUUUCUGAAUCAGCAGUUAUGCCGCCAAGCCAGACAAACGUAUUUACAGAUUGCAUCAUUGACUACCUAACAUGUGGGGGUUGUGCUCUGGAAUUUCCUCUGCAGAAAAUCACAAAUUUUAUACAGCACAAAAAAGUGGGAUGUCUCGACACCCCAGAUUUGGAUCCAUCUUCCAUUUCCGGAUUGGAUGGACCUGAUGAAAAUGCUCUGCUUUGUUAUACAUGUUCCCGGGACUUCAUGACGGCAAGAGGUCUGCUACAGCACAUCCAGUUGUCACACAACCUCAAGGUCUUCCUCCAGCCUGGAGAGGAACAGGAGCAGACGGCACAACAGCAGUGUGGACAGACGGAACAGACAGACACACCGACAAAAAACACAAAUGCUCAAUCAGAUCUUAAGUGGACCAAUCGGAGUACGGGAUCUGAGAUCUCUUCAGCGGAAAAACAGACAUGUUCUGAUGUGGUCGACAUUCCUCAAGGUCACACAGUUGAGAUCACCAGCGGCAGACGUCAGUCCGACAAAGGUCACGAUGACAAUGACUAUGAGCAGGAUGUGUCCACCGCAGGUCGAACCACAAUCUGUUGUAACAGUCAGGAAUGUUGUGUGACCAUUAUUCCAGGAACACACGAACGACCAAAGAAAUGUUGCAGUGCCGUCGUGCCAAAGAAGCGUAAACAGCAUAUGGCGGAGCACAUGGGUAGCAACAGUGCGGACCAGGAGUCGUCGGACGAGCGAGAAUCCGACCAGAACGAAGACACCGAGACACAGGGGGACGACUCUAACAGCAACUCCAUCUUCAUCGACUUCCAUCCACAGUUCACAAACUUCGACGAAAACUCGCCAAAGAGUGAGGGCAAGACUGACACAGACGGGAAUGUUGGUCAGAGUAAUAGCGGCAAAUCGCUUCCAGAAGGAAUCGUAAACGAAAGUCUCGAUUUGUCGGCCGUGCAGGAGAUCACGGAAUUAGGAUCGUUGAUCAUGCAUCCAGGUAAAACCUACAGUAUUCCAGUCAGCUAUGCAUAUUCUGUGACCGAUCUCCGAAUCCUCGACAAUAGGUCUAUAAAGAUAUUUCCACCGACGUUAGACGGGGUAGAACAGACUGGCUCGUUCAGUGUUCAGACCAGUAAUGUGUCUAACAUCAGCAGCAGGAAAAUGUUCGAUGCUUCUGUGGCUGAAAUGCAGCAGAAAUCUGUUGAAUCAGGUCCCAUAGUUUCUCAGGGGGUUCCGGUUACGACGAUGACAACGACAACAGCGGAGUGUUCCGUGUCACAUGGUUCGACUCAGGAGGUAGUGUUUGAUGACAGUGACAAGGAGGAUGAGAUGGAGAUAGAUGAGUCAUUGACAGACAGAGGGCGCAAGCGUCGGUAUCCGACGUCACGUCCAUUCAAGUGCAGCCAGUGUGACCACGCCUUCAACCAGCGGAUACACCUCAAGAAACACAUGAGUAAACACACAGGAGUGAAGCCAUUUAAGUGUGCACAGUGCAGCUAUGCGACAGUAGAAAGAAGUCAUCUGAAGGUCCACAUCAGAAUUCAUACAGGUGAAAAACCAUUUAAAUGUACGUUCUGUAAGUAUGCCACGGCCCAGAACAGUACAUUGAAAAUACACUUGAAGCGUCAUCACAACGGGAAAAUGCUCGAAUGUGAAGACUGCCACAAGCAGUUUACCCAACACGAAAUGCUCACCAAUCACAGAAUGGGACAUCAGCAAACAGGCUUAUCCCAUCAACCAAUCAGUGGGGUCGGUACAUCUGGUGAUAGGAGUGAACCUCCUGAUCGAGCCAGUCCAUUGCCAAGUCUCAUCAGUGAACCAGACAGCAGUAUACAACUGACAAAGAGCUGAGGGGACCAGUCGGCUGAAUCAACAGUUUACGAAAUGACCAAUCAAAAUAUUUUUUUUCACACUAAUCAAAAUACGAGAUGAGUUCCUUAUACCCUUCCACCCUUUUCUUAUAACAGCUUAAAUUAUGCUCAAAGCCAAUAACAGAGCCACUUUUUAAGCUAAUACCGGCCUCGGUGGCAUCGUGGUUAGGCCAUUGGUCUACAGGCUGGUAGGUACUGGGUUCGGAUCCCAGUCUAGGCAUAGGAUUUUUAAUUCAGAUGCCGACUCCAAACCCUGAGUGAGUA